UAAGAAUUUGAGGUUAAUAUUUCGGUGAAGUGGAGUGAGUGAAGUUGAGUAAAGUCACAUUUUCGAAUAAUUUCUUGUAGAGGUGUGCGUUUUUCGUUUGAGUAAUUUUUGGAAAUGGCAGUUAUGAAGACUAAAAUGUUGGAGUCUCAAAAAAAACCGUCGUCCUAUUCUAAACAGAGCAAUACAAACGAGAAAAAAACACUUCUUCUAGCCCAAGAAUUGAAAAUCGCCAGAUCGUUAGCUGGUAACGAGAAGGUAUCCAGGGACAGAGCCCUGAAGAGCCUGAAAAAAUGGCUCAAACAUAGAUCACAAAAUCUAGCUUUUACAGAGGAAGAUUUCCUCAGGAUUUGGAAAGGGCUAUUUUAUUCGAUGUGGAUGUCCGAUAAACCUCUCAUUCAAGAAGAGUGUGCAGAGAAUAUUGCCAGUUUAUUGCAUGAGUUACCAUUUGACCACUCACUUAUUCUCUUCAAAUGUGGUUUGAUAACUUUAUGUAAGGAGUGGUUUGGUAUUGACCAACUUAGAUUGAACAAAUUUUUAAUGUUUGUGAGGAGGUUAUUACGACAAUUUUUGGUUGUUCUGAAGAAGAAUGGGUUUCAAAAAGACAACAUUAUACAAUUUGGUAAUGUUAUAUCUGAGACAGUUUUAGAUUCAGGGAAGAAAGAUAUCAUGGGACUCUUUUUACAUUUCACGGAAGUGUAUUUAGAAGAACUUGCCAAAGUUAGCGAAGGUCACUUGAAGCAUCAUUUAGUCGCCGAAUUUUUGGUCCCCUUUAUUAAAACACUGACUUCAUCUGAUGAUCCCAGGAGGAUUAAACAGAUUAGGAAGUUUAUAUUCAUACAUUUGAUGUUUCAGUCAGAUGUAGGUCUUGAAUAUCAAGAGAGAUAUGAUGCUUGGAAAAGACAAGGAUUUCCUGGAACUAUCCAUGCAAUGCAAAAAGUCGAGAUAGAAGAAGAUAAGGAUUCUGAGGAAUAUGAUGAAGAGGAAGGUCAUUUGUUAGAAGAUAAGCCUUUAGAUCCAAGAGCUGGUAGGGUGGAUGUUGUAUUGCCCCAAAUCAAAUUCAACCCUAAGCUCCUUGCUGAUUUAUUGGUUAAAUAUAAGUACACUGAAAAUAGUAAAGUAGCUGCAAGGAAAACUAUGACUUUGCUCUCAAAGCAAUUGAGAAAAUUGGCCAAAGGAAUAUAUCCAUUGGGCGUCGUAGACUUGAGGCUUCCAAAGGAUGACAUCAAAGAUAUGAAUUUGAAAAAAUCGGCCAAGAGAUUGGUUAAAUUCGAAAACAAACUGAUGGGGGUCCAAACCAAGGGUAGAAAGAGGAAAAUGGAGAUGAACGAAGAAGUGCCUGUUAAGAAAAUCAAGAAAAAGGAGGAACGAAACCAACCCAAAAAGAUCAACCAAAUGACAAAUUCUGACUUUCUCAAUAUGACCAAAAAAUAUCUCAAACAGGGUGUUACCUUUAAAGGAGACAAUACUGAAAUGAAGAAAGUGGUACCUCAGUCUUUACUCUCUGAAAGUGGUCAAAUGCCCGAUUUGGUGUUUGAGAAAUUUUCGGGACUGUGGAGGGUUUAUAAUGACGUUGACACCAAACAUGAUAAAAAAACGGGAGCCUCAAAAUCCUCAUUGCAAAAGAAAGAACCUGCCACCCUAGAAAACCAAGAAAUUUUUCCUAACAAUCCUUGGGAUGAACCUCUCAAGGAAAGGGAGUACGAAAUAACGAUCCCCUCUAAGAAAUAUGUUGAAAAACUGAAAAAGAUCUCCAAAAAAUCCUCCAAGAACCUCCAGCAACUCAUCGAUAGCAGCCAGAUAAAAUUCAAGAAUCCCAGGGAUCUGAACAAGCAUGCCCAGUGCUCCACUCCGGAAAGAACAAAGAAGGUUAAAAUAAACACCAGUCUUAACAGGUCGCAAGAGUUUGAAGAGUACCAUACGCAAGUCUUGAGCUCCCCUACUAUAAUUUUCGAUGGGAGCAAGAAGCCUGGUAAGCCAUUGUUGAAGAGCACAAGCAGCACCCCAAUCAAUCCUUUCUACAAGAAAUACAAGCCUUAAUUAGCUGGAGACCAAUUUUAUUCUGCAAAUGUUACAAAUUGUUAUCUGUAAAUAUUAUUUGUUUUCGACUUGAUUCAAUUUAGGACUCAGGACUACAGAUUCACACUUUGUUAAAUUUCCACCUGACAUUGUUUUCGAACGAUAUUACACUUGGUUCAAGAUUAUUCAUUGGUUUUUCCUCAUGUUAAAACUGACUGUUGAUGUUUUAACGUGAUAUGAUGUAUUUUAUUCAUUGAGUCUAUCACUUGUACGGUUCUUUUAUUGUGCCUGUAAUUUGUAAAUAGGUUUAUUUUUUUAUCAAUAAAGGUUGAUAUCUGA